AUGUCUUCACGGUCCUGUAGGAAGAAAUCUAAUAAAGGAAGUGGAACUUGUUCUCGCGGCGAAGAGGUUGAAGAUCAAUUCUGCUCGACGAAUCCAUGUCCAAGGUGGAAUUUCUGGACGCAAUGGACCGAUUGUUCCGUGACCUGCGGGAAUGGCGUCAAAACUCGCUCCCGCUCAUGCGAGCAUGGUGAAAUUGGGCAAAAUGGAUGUACCGGAGAUGUUGAAUCUGAAAUGUUCUGCGCUACAAAUAUACGAUGCCCAUAUUUUACCGAGUGGUCUCAGUGGUCAAUUUGCUCCCAAUCAUGUCUUGGUGGAACUCGAUCGAGAAGCAGGGAGUGUUCUUCGCCAGAUGAUAUGACUCUUGAAUGCGACGGAGAAAAGAACGAAGAAGAGCCUUGCGCGACAGGACCUUGUCCUUAUUGGGCGGAAUGGGGAGAGUGGGGAGCUUGCUCGAACCUUUGCGGUGGAGGGGAUAUGAAACGAAAUCGAGAAUGCAUCGAUGGAAAAGUUGGUGACAUUGGUUGUAGCUCAUUGAGUCUUGAAGAGUAUCAAAAACAGCUCGACAAUGCAAAAGCAAAUGGAGAAGUGAGCAUGAGAGGGCAGUACGCAAACUCCUUUAUGUCUUCAAUCCAAGCAAAUCAAGUCGCAAAACAGAUUAUGACUCCUCAAGGCGAAGAAGAUAGUGAUGCGCAGCCAACUCAACCCCCUCAGCCCAUCCAACCGACUCCCCCACCCCUUGCGGAUGAAGACGCAAAACACUGUAAUACCCAGUUAUGUCCAGGAGAAGAACCGAAGCAGUGGGCUCCUUGGGGCCAAUGGGCCAAGUGGUCAUUUUGUUCGAAAAGUUGCGGUGGUGGGCAGAAAUAUCGGUAUCGCGCUUGCCAGGCUUUCACUAGCGAUCCGGAGAACUGGAAAAGAAAAAUAAUUGACAAAAAUAUGUGUAAAGAAGAAGAUGCUGAAGAACUAGCGAGUUGUAAUACGCAAAGCUGUCCGACUUGGUCGAGUUGGAAUCAGUGGUCUGUUUGCGAAGCAGCACAAUGUCUUGGAAAGGGAAAACAGUUCAGAGAGAAGACAUGUGUUGGAGGGAAUCCGGGAGAUGAUGGUUGUGAUAUCAAGGAGGAGUACGAGGAAACGAGGGAGUGUGUUUUUAACGGCUGCCCGCAUCCAGCUGAGUGGUACGAAUGGUCGGAAUGCUCAAAGACUUGUGGAGGAGGUCUAAGAUUUCGCGAACGACCCUGUUUGAAUGGAGAGCCUGGUGAUAAAGGAUGUGAGCAAGAAAAACUAGAAGAGCGAGACUCAUGCAAAAAUCAAUCUUGCCCAAAAUGGUCUAGCUGGACAAGAUGGACAUCUUGUGAUGCAGAAUGUGGGAAAGGCCACAGAAGAACCAGGCGAAUUUGUAUGGAUGGACAUGUCGGUCUUGAUGGCUGCUUGGGGCCGGUUGAGAAGAGAAAGAGUUGCUUCCCCCUUUGCGAGAAGGGAGGAACUUGUGUUCCGGACAAGACGUGUUCAUGUGAUAAAUCACUUGGCUGGACGGAAAGGGAUGAAAGAGGCUUCUGCAAGAGAAAUCAAUCUUGCAAAGAUUGCUCAAAAAAUGCAGUUUGUCUUGAAAAUGGGGCCAUCUGCAAAUGCCUCCCUGGAUUCUCUGGAAAUGGUCAAAACUGUCGCAAUAUUGACGAAUGCACAAAAGGAACGCAUUUUUGCGAGGCACCGGCACAGUGUGUUGAUACUGAAGGAAGUUAUUUUUGUAUUUGCCCCAGAGGCUUCCGGCUUCAUCAGAAAAAGGAUGAAAUCUGUGUUGACAUUGAUGAAUGCGGAGAAGAUCUAGCGGAUUGUCCCGAGCCAGAAUUGUGGAAACUAGCAGGAAAGAACAUCCGAGACGAGUUGAAUCUCUACACUUCAAAGUGCAAAAAUACACUCGGGUCAUACGAAUGCGCUUGUAACACAAACUACCAUCAUGUUUCCGGCUCUGACAUCUGUCAGCCUUCAGCUCCAGCACUCAUCGGAUUUGGAAGCAAAAAGGCUUCGAUAGAAAUUGAUGCUUGUUUUGCGAACAUUUUCAAAAGCGACAUUUCGUGGCAAGUUCCUUUUACUGCCAGAGGGAAUCCGACAGUUCAGUUCUUCAAGAAACCGACUUUGUCCAUCAAAGCAGAAUUGAGAAAUGUGAAAAAAGAGGAACCAAAAUUCUUGUUUUUCUAUCUCUCAGAGUUGCUCGUUGAUGAAAUACCUCUGAAUAAUGAAUGGAAUAUGACCGUUGGAGAAAUUGAAAUAGAAGAUUCUCAUAUCAGUCUAACCACUCUUGCGCCAGAGCCGAUGAAGAAAUCAUUUAACAUUUUGUUGAGCAACAAGAAAUGUCUAAAGACAAUAAACCCAUUUUCCUCAAAUUUUCAGCAUUACUCGAUUGUCAUCGGAAAUGAGAAGAGUAGAAACAGAACCGAACUGAUCAAGAUGGCUGUGAAUCUUCUUUCAAUAAGUUAUGCGUCAGAAAAUAUCACACAAGCUUUUCUCCUUGAUAUCCGCGAUUUUCGACCUGAUUGGGUCAAGGAGCAAAAAGAAAAUUUCGCCCAAAACAUCUUCACUUCUCCUGGAAAGAUGAAAUUCUCUUCUUUUGAAAUUCUUUUCCAAGCAAAAACCAAGAAUAUCACAGAGGAAGUUCAAGAGCUUCUCGACUUCUCAAUCCCGCACGAAGAUGAAGCCUUUUUCUUAACUUACGAAAGAGAAUCGAAAAUUGGAGCUCUUGUUGGCCUAUUGUUUGUUUCUGUCAUGAUUAUUCUUGGAACAGUUGUGUUCACCAUAGUUUCAGUCUGCGAAAGAUUUCAAGAAAAUCUUUCUCAAAUGAGCCUUUAUCUCGACGAAAAAAGCUCUGACGCUGCCCUUUUCUACUCGAUCAAGCUUCUCGCCCGCGCGCAGGGCUUUGAAGAAGUCCACAAAGACGCAGUUGACCUUCUUGUCGAUCUUACGAAGCUCUUUCUCAACAACUUCGGCGAAAGUGCCAAAAGAAUUCGUGAAAAAAUCGCUAGAAUACGCAAAAGUCCGCUGGAGAAAGAAGAUUUCAUGACGAUUUUGGACAAGACUGUUGAAAAGAUAGGUAUUGUGCCAGAAAAAGGGAAGGGAGUCGAGGGACUGUAUGAUUGGUACAGAGAAGAACUCGUGACCGGCCAAGAGGAGGAGAGUGAGAAGCCAGGGUCGCCGAUUUUCAGGGACGAAUCAGCGUUGUGGGACGAAAUUCACGCCGAGCACAGCAUUCAUCGAAUUCAUCUUGAAGGAAGUCCCAUGCGAAAAUCAAAGAAGCAGAAGAUCGAGAAAAAAGGCUCAGUGGAAGUAGAAGAUGAAUUUUCCGCAGAACUUGCCUCUCCUCUCGUUGGAGAUCUCGGCCAGGGCGAUUCUUUGGGCGCGAUUGUGAACGCUGCUCUAGUUUCUGUCGAAUCUGAUGAUUGUCGAAGAGUAGAUUCACUUUUAUGCACUUACAAUGAGGAUAGUUCUGAUUGCUUACCCCCUCCUGCGCCUUUUUGA